AUGGUGGAGAUUUCUGAUCUGAAUGACGAUCUAUUAGGUCACAUCCUCAAACGGGUCAGCCAGCCGGAUGAUCGGAAGCGGGUCUCCGAAGUCUGCAAACUAUGGUUCACACUGGAGGGUCUAACCACAAGAUCACUCCGUCUUUUCAAACUCAGUCUUCUCCGACAGAUGCUACCCCGAUUCCCGAAUCUAGUUACAUUCCGCACAUCCGAGUCUAUCUCUGAGGAAGCCGACCUCGAAUUCAUAGCCCAAACAUGUCCCAAAAUGGAGGCCAUCGUUCUCAACGCCGUAAAAUUAUUAUCAAGGUUUUUACCGGAGAACGGUCUUUACGGUCUGUCAAGUGGCGGCGGCCUUCCGAAACUGUCCAAGGUUUCGGUCAGAGGGAGAUGGCGUGCAUCCAUUGACAGAUGGAUACAUAGGUUUCCUAAUUUGACUGAUUUAGAUUUGGGAAGGUGCAGUGAUGUCGAUGACAAUGCGUUAGAAGCAAUUGGGCUACAUUGCACUUGUUUAAGAUAUUUGAAUCUAGAAGAUUCCAAGGUUACCGACUAUGGUUUGAGAUUUUUAGCACAUGGAAGGUGCUCAAAGACCCUCAACACAUUGGUGCUGGCUGCCUGCUAUGGUAUAACUGACUUGGGGCUCUCGCAUUUGCAAAAUUUCCAAUUCCUGUUAGAGCGGGAUUUGGAUAGGUGCGAUGUCACUGAUACUGGAGUUAUUGCUGCAACCUCUUCAAAUCGAUCCCUCAAGAAAUUGAACUUGGGCAGGUUGACGAAUGUGUCGGACCAAAGCAUGGUGUAUGUUGCUGGGAAUUGCCCCAACUUAGAGAUUCUUGAUUUAACUGGUUGCUCUAAUGUAACUGGCGCCGGAGUACGUGCAUUUUCUGGUCACAGGUGUCUAGAGUCUCUUGUAAUUCGACGGUGUGAAUUUUGUUGGUCUGAUAUCGAGCACAUGGUGCUUGGAUGCCAGUCACUCAAGUCUAUCCUCCUGAGUAGGCCGCAUAUGCACUCAGUUCAGGAAAGCGUUGGCAGAAUUGUGACGUUGGUUGAUGACUGGUGGUGA